UUGAAAGCGAAAACAAGGAACGAUCGAUUGCUCAACACAGGAACCUAGUAACUAUCGCAUCCGAGUUUUACUUGUACAAUGAUCUCAGUGUCAGGGGCUAGUUUCCCUACAUCCAGGUGGCGCAAGUGAGGAUGCGUGCGCCGGCGCAGCGAGGCACUUCCACUCAGGAGUGCACACUGGAGCUGGUUGAACGCUGUGCAAGUAACUAGUGAUAAUAUGAAGUUUUGCGAUAUUUUGAGUAAAAUUGUGCCAAUCUCCUUCCUACUGCUAUCAUCUGCCGAUGGCGACCUGUUCUCCAAGGCCACCAGGACUAAGGCUGAUGAGAGGGAUGUCAGGAACAGUGUGUUCGACUUCAUCAUCAUCGGAGGAGGCACUGCGGGCUGUCUGCUCGCUAACCGACUCUCUGCCGUGUCUGAUUGGAAGGUGCUACUUCUCGAAGCUGGCAUUGACGAGAACAUAGACUAUGACAUCCCAGGAGUUCCCAGCAAGGAGUACCGUCCCAUCCUGUGGAACUACCGCACUGAACGCAACGGCUACUCCUGUCUCUCGCGGCCUGGAGGCAGCUGCGAGGUCAAGACUGGGAAGGUGCUGGGAGGGUCCAGCGUGACUAAUGAUAUGAAGUACACGAGAGGAUCCAAGGUGGAUUAUGACGGAUGGCAUAGCACGGGAGCUCUGGCCUCUUUGGACUGGAAGUUUGAUGCGGUUUUAGAGCAUUUUAAGAGUAUUGAGGAUAAUGGUGAUUACGAUGUCCUGAUGAACUCACACUACCACUCCCGAGGAGGAGACCUACAUGUGCAACGUUUCAAGAAUGUCGAUCGAUACAUGGAGGUGUUCACCGCUGGCUUCACUGAGAUGGGCCUGCGCACUGUAGACAUUAACACCAAUGUACAGGAGGCAGUCGUUAACAACCAGUUCACGAUAUUCAACAACACCAGGCUCAGUACCAACAGCGCUUUCCUAAAACCCGUGCGACACAGGAAGAAUCUACAAGUGAUCACCGGAGCUUAUGUGUCUAAAAUAGUCAUCGAUAAACAAGAAAAGAAUGUAGAUGGCGUAAUUUACGAGGUGGAGAAGGGCAAAGAGCGACCGGCGUACGCUAAACGUGAAAUUAUACUCGCGGCAGGCGCUAUUAAUAACGUGAGGCUGUUACAGCUGUCCGGCAUCGGCCCCAAGGCUGAUCUCAAGAGACAUAAUAUUACAAUGAUAGCCGAUCUUCCUGUAGGACAGAAUUAUCAAGAUCAGGUAACCAUCGGUGGCCUUGCGUUCGUAUUGAGCGAUGUUCCGGUCGUCACUGAAGCCGAAGUAAUAAACGAUUUCAAAACCUGGUUCCAAAAUCGCAGCGGACCACUAGCUUCUAGAGGUAUUGGACAAGUUUCAGCUUUUAUACAACUUUACGAGAACUUUAAUGCCCCCGAUGUGGAGCUGGCUUUAGAAGGUAAUUUUAUUAGAAGCGAUAAAUUUAUGCUGACUAACGUAAGUGUCCACGCAGCAGAGGAAACGAAUCUGCCUUUGCCUUACUAUAAUUUAGUUAAUAUAAAUCCUGUUUUACUUAGACCUAAAAGUAGAGGAAAAGUUAUGCUAAAUAAAAGAAAUCCGAAAUACGGACGACCGGUAGUCCAAGCCAAUUUUCUUAAGGAAACUGAAGAUUUAGAUACUCUUGUAGAUAGUAUCGACAUAGCUUUACAAUUACUAGACACGAAAGAGUUUAAGAAAGCAGACAUAAAGUUCGCACCUCUGGACCUAUUUCCCUGCGAUAGACUAAGUAACAGAGAUCAAUGGAAUUGUAUUGCCCGACAUUACACAAAAGCCAUGAGUAAUCCUGUAGGAACUUGUAGAAUGGGUGAAAAUAGUACCAACUCUGUGGUUGAUUAUCAACUGAGGGUGCAUGGGAUCGAGGGGCUAAGAAUUAUAGAUGCUUCAGUAAUGCCAACACAUGCCAGAGCCGGUGUCUUUGCUCCAACGAUGAUGAUAGCAGAAAAAGGAGCAAAGAUGAUCAUUAAAGACUGGAAGGAGAAUAAUGGUCAUUAUUACAACAGACGGUGACAUAAUAAUUAGGUUUUUAGAUAAAUAAAAUAUUUUAUUAAUA